AAUAUAUAAAACGAAUUACGCCACAGAAAUUCGGCGUUGUUUUGUCUAAACUUAAGUGUCCGUUAAAAAUGGCUAGAAUGCUUCUAAAGCCUUGGAUUUGCCUAUUUUAUAUUAUUUCCCCAGUUGUGGGGCCCCGCUUCGAUUUCAUUGUGGAUAAUGAUGAUAUUUUCGAGAGGUGUCCAGAUAGGCCAAAUGUACAGGGAAUUCGUGACUUUAUUAAUUUAUCGGAAUUUACAAUUGAAUUCAAUGAGGGCUAUAUUAGCGGCUGGGGCCAGAUGACAAUGCAUUGGGAGGGUGUGGAAGCCACGGAUCGUGUUGAUGGUUAUGCGGAGGUCUUCAAAUUUCAACGUGGCACUUGGCAGCCAACAACCGUGUUGGUACGCGCGUUUAGUUUUUGUGAGCGACAAUUUGAUACCAACACGAUAUGGUAUAAUGUCUGGAGUCGCCACAUACGCAAGGAGGACCAAAAAUGCAUAAAUAAUUAUGGACAUGUCUAUCGUUACGAACCAUUUGAUGUGGAGACGGUAAACUAUUUUCCCAUGAACAUGGAGGGACGUCAUAAAAUCGUCAUCCACCUGGAUGCCUAUGACAAUUCAAAUGUUAGACGCCCCAAUGCAGAAGUUUGUUUUCAAAUUACUGGCGAAUUUAUAAAAGUCAAAUGAG